AUGCCGAGCAAGAAGAACAAAAAGUCCCGACCGGGUAACCCUCGAGCCAACGACUCCCUGCGCGCCGACAUUGCGGCAGCACAGGAUCAUGUCGAUCCCUUUGCCGACGAUGGCGCAGACGACAUUGCUGACCAGCUGCUGGCCGCGCUAGAUGAGCGGGACGCCCUAGAGGCGGAGAAGGCCCAGGCCGCCCAGGCCGAAAAGGAAAACGGCGGCCACCACUUCCGCCAGGAUAUCAAGGAAGCCGGCGAAAAGAUCCUGCACGGGCUGCAGGGCAGUUCUUCGCCGCCAUCGCAGAAUGCCGCCGCCUCGCCGGGCACCAGUCCCAAUUCGGCCAAGAAGGGUGGCCUGCUGCGGAUGUUCAGCCCAAAGUCGCCAGACGAGGGGAGCAGCAGCUCCGAGCCAACGCCUCCAGCGGGCACGGGCAAGAAGAAGAGCCGACAACAGCAGAGGAAGGAAAAGAAGGCGGCCGAGCAAGAAGCGAUGCGCCGGGAAGUCGAGGCCGAGCUCAAGGCCAAUGGAGGCAAGCCGGACGAGGCGGCGAUCGAGAGGCAGGGCAUCGACGCGAUGUGCGCAGCGUUGGGGGUGCAGAUGCACGAGAUCACGCCCGAUGGCCACUGCCUGUACGCUGCUGUGGCCGACCAGCUCAUGUUCCGCGGCAAGUCGAGCUCCAAGGUCGACUACAAGCAGACGCGCAAGGCGACGGCCGACAUGAUGCGCCAGCAUCCGGACGACUUUGUGCCGUUCAUCUCGGACUCAGACGAGUACAUGGCGGGGAUCGACAACAAGGAGGCGGGUCACACCGACGAAGGCAAAGCGCAGACCAACCAUUUCCUGCGGUACUGCGACGCCAUCGAAAGCACGGGCGUGUGGGGAGGUCAGCCAGAGAUCCUGGCCCUGUCGCGGGCGUUUCAGACGCAGAUCAACGUCGUGCAAGCCGGCUCUCCGGUGCUCAAGGUCGGCGAGGGGGAGUACCAGGGGGAGCCCCUGACCAUCUCCUAUCACCGCAAGAUGUAUGGACUCGGCGAGCAUUACAACUCGCUCCGGCCGGUCAAGCAGUAG